AUGUCUACACAUAGCGCCGACACAUACAAUGACAUGAACGAGACCCCGACACUCAAUCGAAGAGUCUCAGGCGAGACAUUACACGAAAACCCAGGGCAAGCUGAGGCUAGCCUCAAAGAGCAAAAACGCCCAAGCGACAUCAACAACCCCAAGCAGCUCAGGUAUCUGUUCAAGAAUCCGGAGUGGAUUGACUGUCCCUUUUGCCAUGAGCGCACUUUGUCCAGGGUUGAGACGAAGAGUAACGUGGGCGCUGCAGUUGUGUCCACGGCAAUGAGUGCAGUCUUCAUGCUGGCUGGUGCUGGUCCUCAAUGGGGUGGUGUGCGUGAUUUCACACAUUAUUGCUCGAAGUGUGACCACAAAGUGGCUGUCAAGUACCAUUCCAAGGGCGAUGCAGAUGUCUUUAGCCCGGAAUAUCCGAGUUAG